CACAUCCGGUUACUUUUUCUACAGGAUGAUAUUCAUUUGACACACGGGACGUCCAAGUCGAGAGUCUUAAGAUAAAUAUUAUGGAAAAAUCACUGGACAAAUUAAUGGAGGACUUAAUGAAGACUCCAGGAAUAAAUGGUGUUCUUUGUUCAGACGAACAAGGCUUAUGCUUAGGAGCAAAGGGUGUGGCAGUUGGUCAGCCAGCAGGUGUGAUAUCCAGGAUGGCUCAUCAAGCAGAGCAGAUCCAUCCAGAUAGUGGAACAUCCCCUGUGAUCGUGGUGGAAUCUGAAGUUGGAAAUGUGCUUAUAAAGAACCAUGAUGGGAUCACAUUGGCAAUAUUCAAAAGCCCAGUAUGACAUUCUGUUCAUGGAGGAUUGACGUAGCUUGAAUGGACAAGGGGAUAUGAGGUGACACCUGGAUAUGCCUUGAAAGAAACACUCCUUGAGGCACCAAACAGAUCUUUCUGGAAUGUGCAUGCUAAAAUAUAUGGUGUCUCUUUAAGAUGAACUUCCAAGGGUUUGUAUAGACCUGCAUAAAGAAAGAGGAAAUAUAUAUAGCGGAAUAUAAAGUGUGUACAUUGUAAUAAUCUUAACUAAAGGCAGUUCAUGACCUUGUUUGGGUGAAGUAUGCUUUAUUGCGAGUAUAUGUACCUGACCAACUUGUAAAUAUUCUUGGAGAAGAAUAAAAAUGGAUUCAUGUCUUUGAA